AUGUUGGGGCAAGAAGGGGUGGGGGAAGGAGGGCGCAAUAGUAUGAGCAGCAGCGGCGGCAGCGGAAUGUUGGACGCGCGAGUCAACGCCGUCCCUUCCCCGCCGCACUUCGCCGCCGCUCCUUCCUCCCUUUUUGACCGCAAUCGCGCGAUGAUGACGUCAGACGCCAUGACGUCACACCGCAACUCGAUGACGUCAGGCCGCAAAGCUGUAUCGCCAGGGCAUAAACGAGGGUUAGCAGGGCGCGGGGAAGCGGAGCCGACAGGGGCGCGCGGCGACGAUAGCGCAAUGGCGAUGGAAGAUGAUUGCUUCUUAAAGCCGUAUUACCCUGCUCCCGGCACUCGCCCCUCUCGCAUCCCCAAUGGCGACUCUCGUAUCGGCCAUAGCGAUAGCGCCGCCUUCUCUCGCAGUCGCUCCAGCUCCCCCUCCCCCGCUCACUCCGAACCCUCUUCCGCCCAUGCCUCGCCCGCCCCCGCGCGCCCGCCGUCCGCCCACAGGAGCGCGACGGCUGCCCCUCCGCGGCCCAUCUCGCCUCUGCCCCCGCAUGCUGUGCGGCGCAGACCGGGCGCGGAGGGGCGCGCGGAUGGGCGCGCGGGGGUAGGGGCGGAGCUGCGGGAGGGCAGUCUGGGGCGCGAUGGCGCGCUGAUGGGCGCCCGCGCGCCUCUCGUGCGCGAUGGAGCCGGCGGAGGCGGAGAAAAAGGGGGAGCGGAGAGGGUGAGGGCAGGGGGAGAGGGCGCGAGGGGAGGCGGAGAGGAGGCGAGGGAAGGGGGCGUGGCGCGCGGUAGCAGUAGGCCCCGGCGCGCGAGAGUGGCCAGCAGUGGUGACGCCGUCAACGCGGGCGCCGCCAGUGCAGGUGCGGUUCCAGGACCAGGCACUGCAGCAGCGGACGCCGCACACACAGCAGAUGCGCAAGCAGCAGCAGCGGCGCCGCUGACGCGCAGAUUUCCCACGGCCCCGCCCACACUUCAUUCCGCCAAGCCUGCUGCGCCACUCAGCAACAGCGGCGAGGGGGGGGCGGGUGCGGCCGAGGGGACGUGGCCGGGCGAAAUGGUGGGGGAGGGGGGAAGACGGGGGGAAGCGGGGGAGCAGAUGCGGGUUGGGGCGAGGCCGGGCAGUGGUAGAGCGGGGAUGAGACGAGGGCCCGGGGUGGGGCAGGCGGGCGCGCGCAUGGGCGCGGGGAUGGGAGGGGGAGGCGGGGCGCAGAGGCCUGUGACUGCUGGCGGCAGGCUGGCAGUGGCAGGGGCCGGCAACAGCCGAGGCGGUGAGGGCAGCGAAGCAGCAGGCAGCGAGGCGGGGGUGGGCGAUGGGGGGAGCUGGAAGGCCCGCCCGACACACGCUCAGCAGGGCGUGGGGCAGCAGGGCGUGGGGCAGCAAGGGGUGGGACAACAGGGGGUGGGGCAGCAGGGGACGGGGCAGCAGCAGGGCAGCGCAGGAGGGCAGAGUGGGGCGGGGCAGGAGCAGCAGAGGAGGGAGCGGCGGCAUGUGCGGCAGGCGAGUCUGCAAGUGGAGGCAGUGCAGCGCCUGCACGGCACCAAGGGCUCCGCCUCCCCUCCCCACGCAGCAGCCAUGCCCCUGCCCCGCCGCCCCCACACCGCCCUCGCCCGCUCCCCCUCGCCCUCCCCCUUUCCUCCGCCCUCCACCGCUGCGCCGCCUGACGCGCGUUCCUCCUCGUCCCGCUCCGCCACCUCCUCCCCCUCCCCCCCUAUCCGCCCCCAGCCCCCCUCGCCCCAAGAGGACCGCCCCCCCCGCGGCCUCUCGCAGUCCCCCCCGCGUGGGGGUCCCCCCGCGCCCCUGCACGCGGCAGUAUGCGCGGAAGCAGGGGGGGGCAGCGAGGGUGAGACAGGGGGGUCCGCGAGGGCGGGCGAGAGGGGCGGAGGAGGGGGGCGGGGUGGCGUGCGGGCGAUGGGGCGGAGCAAGACGAGUGGCAUGGGGCGGGCGAAGGGUAUGAUGGGCGUGGAGCGAGCGCAAAUUGGAAUGGAAAGAGGUGUGAUGCGCGCAGAAGCAGGGGGGCCGAUGGAGGGAGUGGAUGGAGGGGCGGCGGGCGGACGAGGCAUCCCUGAGGGGGCUCACAGUUCUCUGCGCCAGCAACCGCUGCACGGUCCAGUCAGCGCUGACGUGGCACCAGCAGCAGCAGCAGGAGCAGCAGGAGCAGCAGGAGCAGCAGGAGCAGAAGCGAGCUCUCAUUGGAAUUCAAAUAAUCAUGGUGGCAGUGAGAGAGGGGGUGAGGGGAAUGGAGUGGGGGGGCCUGUUGCAGAGGCCAGGAAGGUCCGUGCAGGCGGGCAGAGCAGCACAGGCAGCAGCACUGAGCUUGCGCCACGAGCGGGCGGCAACGGACGGCUGCGAUCGAGUGUGAGUUUCGGGCAGGCCAGUGUGUGUGAGCUGCGCUCUGCUGCCGCUCCCACUGCCACCGCCUCUGGCGCUGCCGUCACUGGCAGCAGCGGCGGCACCAGCAGUGCAGGGGAUAGCAGCGGACGAGUUGGGGAGGGGGAGGGGGCGGGGGCGGGCGGUGCAGGGGGCAGGGCGGACAUGGUCGCUGGCAGCAGGGCGGGCAGCGCGGAGGGGCAUGCAAAGGGAGGGGCGGGGCGGCGGUUAACUCGCGCCCUGAGUGCCAUGGAGGGGCGCGAGCAUGCGCCUUGGGGGCCAGGCUCCAAAGGGCUGAGUGAAGGGGAGAGCACAAAUGGUGGGCUGGGGAGGCAAGGGGGGGCGAGGGCGCGUCCAGAGCAGAUGGCGGGGGAGGAAGGCAGAGAAGGCGAGAGGGCGGGAGGAGGGGUGAGUGCAGGUGAGAGCAGUGGGUUCGGUGGCAGGGGAAGAAAGGCGCGAGAGGGACCCGCCAGAAGUGCGGGUGGGGAAGAGGGAGCAGCAGCAGGGGUGGCGAGACCCGAGGCACAAACAGGUGCCGCUGUGGCCCUUGCUUCUGCCCCUUCCCCCGGUAGUGAGUCGGGGAGGGGCAGGGGCGUGCAGAUGGGUGGGGAGAGGUGGACAGCGGCACAGAGGGCUGCAGCAAGGGACAUGCAGUGGGAGAGGGAGCGGGAGAGGGAGAGCGGCAGGGGCAGAGCGACACGCGGGAGAGAGAGAAACCGGUCGAACCCUGCCACUCCCACAGGCACCUCCCGCACACCACGAGGGGCCGUGGAGGGUGGGGGGACGCUGAGGGGUGUGGCGGAGGGAGGGGGGGGUGCUGCGGGUGAAGGGGCGGAGGGAGGGGGCGGGUCAGGGGAAGAGAAAGUGGGGCGUGCACGUGCAAGGUGGGGUAGGAAGGGUGCGGGCGAGGGGAGGGUGAGGCGAGGGGAGGCUGGUGAUGAGGGCGAGAGGAGUGGCGGGGCGAGUGAUGGGAUGGUGGAUGGAGGGAGUGUGAGGCAGCAGAGAGGCUUAGAGGAUGGGUGGAAAGGGCGAGACGGAGAUAGAAGGGGUGGGGAGAGCAGUGAAAGUGGUGUGGUUGGAAGGGAGAGGGAGGGGAGAGAAGUGGCAGAAGUGGAGGGUGUAGGAGGGGAAGGGCCUGUUGGCAUGGCGGGAUUGGGUUCAUCUGGCUUCAAUGGAUUGGGUUCAUCUGGCUUCAAGGGGUUGGCAGUGGCACAACGACAGAUGCAGCAGCAGCAGACAGAGCAACUGCAACAGCAGCCUCAGCAGCCGCAACAGCAGCAGCAGAGGGAGAGGGAGGGGCAGGGGUGGCAGCAUGGGCAGGCAGUGCAGGGGGAGGCAGAGAAUGGGGGUGGCAGCAGAGGGGGCAGCGCACAGGUGGGCGAGGUGGAGGCGGGUGCAGUGGGUGGUGGGGGCGGGGUGGGUGGGGUAGGCGGGGUGAGGGGGCGGCGAGGGGAGGUGGUGACAACCCGGCCGUGGCACGCGCGUGUGGGGGAGGGGAGGGGUGGGCGCGCGUGGGACGAGUCAGCAGCCAUCGGGGCGCCGGUCACGCUGCUUGCUGCUGUGGGCAGCGGCAGUGCGGCGGAACUUGCAUUACGGCCCAUGCCAUACACUGCUGCUGCUGCUGCUGGGGUUGCUGCUGGGGUUGCUGGCGGGGGUGCAUGUGAGGCGAUGCCGCUGACGCCGCCUGUGCUCUCCCUCACGGAGCGCCUGCUGGCAGCCCGGCACGGCGCAGCAGGGAGUGCAGGGGGCGGAGCAGCAGGGGGAGCAGCGGUGGGGGGCGGCAGGAGGGGGGCGCGCGCCAUGGUGAAGAGCAAGUCAAUGUCCGCCGCUCACCUGCACCUCGUGCCCUCGCCCCACGCCACUCCGCCUACUCAUGCUUCUGCCGGGAGGGUUGCCAUGGGCACCGGCGUAAGCACCGGCACGGGCGUGGGCGUGGGCGUGGGAGCGGGUGCAGGCUCUCUAUCUAUGGCCAUUUCUCGCACAUCCUCCUCCUCCGGCCGCCCCGCAUUCCCGCACGCUGCUUCUACUUCUGCUGCUGCCGCAGCUGCAGAAAGUGCGUCCGCCCACUCACUUGCCAUGCACCCCGGCCAACCCGUGCCUGCUGCCAGUGACACUGCAUCAGCCGCCAUGUUCCUGGGCAUGGGCCUCCCUGCCGCUCGCAACUCUGAUACCUCUGAGCGCCUGCUUCGCCUCACAGCGCGGUGGAGCGAGGUGCAAAGCGGUGGCGGCGGGCGGACGGGGGCAGGAGUGCACACGGAUACGCCAAGGCUGGGCAGCGGCGUGGGGGGCUCCAUGGACCUGCGGCGAGCAGCCUUCCAUGCAAGCAUGGGCGCCGGCACGAGCAUGGGUGCGAGCAUGGGCAUGGGCGUGGGUGUGGUGGGCAUGGGCACGGGAGGAGGGAGGGUUGGGGGGGGCAUCCCAGCGUGUUCGAGUGCGGAGGCGGAUGUGCCUGCGUGGGCGGCUCCCCAAGGGGACAGUGGGGGCGCAGAAGUUGGUGGGGGGAGCGCAGCAGCAGUUGCAGGUGCAAGAGGUGGUGGGGCGGGCAGGCGGGCAGGAGGAGGCGGUGCGAGCGGCCGGUCUGGGCUGGGAGGAGAGGGCCUCACCCGCGGUGGGUCGGGUGUGAGUGGUGCGAUGAGAGCAGGUGCACCUGCAGCUGCUGCGCUGCGGCGCCAUGGCAGCAUGUCUCUACACCAGCAGCUCGUGGCUCCUCCUGUGGGAGAGAAGGCAGUGAGAGCGUAUCCAUUGGCGAGGGCGCACACGACAGCUGCUCGCACCACACUGCGCACGCCUCCCUCUGCUGCUCUCUUUGACUCUCGCAGCUUCAGCAGCCGCGCCCCUCCCCCUUCCACCACCACAGGCGGUGCUACCACCACAAGCAUUGGCAGUAGCAGCACAGUGAGCAGCAGCGGCAUGGUGAGUGGCAGCACAGCGAGCAGCAGCAGCAGCAGCAGCAGCAGCAGCAGCAGCAGCAGCAGCAGGGGCUUCCAUCGUGCUGCCACUCUGAACGCGCGCUCCUUCGGCGUCUCCCUCAACGCGCCUGCCCUCUCUGCCCUGCCUGCGCCUCACGUGCAUGGGACGCCCUCCUUCCCUGCCGCAGCUGGUGCUGUGCCCGGCACGGGCAGCACCCAACAUCAGCUUGCCCGCAGCGCCAGCAGCAGCGCUGCCAGGCUUAGGGGCGCGGCGGUGGGGGCCGGGGUGAGAGGCGGUGGGGAAAAAGGGGCGUUGAGGAGUGAUGGUGGGCGGGAACAGAGCGGAGGAGGGAGAGAGGGGAGUGGAGGAGCAAGAGAGGUGAGUGGAGGAGGGAGAGAUGGUAGCAGAGGAAGAAGAGGGGGUAGUGGAAAAGGGAGAGAGGGGAGUGGAGGAGGAAGAGAGGGAAGUGGAGGAGUAAGAGAGGGGAGUGGAGGAGGAAGAGAGGGGAGUGGAGGAGUAAGAGAGGGGAGUGGAGGGGACGGUGGGUGGGCAGAGGCCAUGGGCAGCCAUGGGGGCAUGGCAGCUGAUGGGGGCAUGGGCAUGGGCAUGGGCAUGGGCAUGGGCAUGGGCAUGGGCAUGGGCAUGGGCAUGGGCGUGGAUGGGGUGAGCGCAGGAGGCAACAGAGCAGUGAGGCUCUCCUCUACUGCCAGCUCGCUGGACCUCGCUGUGCCCUCUGCUGCUGCUCUUGCUGCCUCUGCCUCUGCUGCUCGCCCCGCUAGUACUGCUGGCAUGGGCACAGCGGGGUGGAGGGGAGAUGGACGGAGGAGAGGGGGCAAUGAGGGCGGUGGGGAGGAGCGGCGGGGGGAGGAGGAAGGGAAGGCGGGCAAGGAGGAGGCGGUGACGCCGUCCAAGGCGAGCCGAGAGGACAGUGUCACGCCCAGCCGGCUGUCCCGCGCCCGGCGAGCUGUUCUGAGUGCCGCUGGUAAGGAGCGCAGGCGCGCUGCUGGGAAGGGUGGUGAGAGGGGUGAGGGGGAGGAGGAAGAGGAGGAAGAGGAGGAAGAGGAGGAAGAAGAGGAUGGAGAGGAGGAGGAAGAGGAGGAGGAGGCUGAGGAGGUGGGAGGGGAGGAGGGAGUGACAGAUGCUGAGAGCGAGGAGGAUUCAAGCAUUCCUGUGGCCGCCCAGGCAGUGAGUGCGCAUCAUGGCAGCGCGGAGCAGGGGGGAGCAGCAGCAGCAGGGGGCAAGGGGAAGGCGGGGCUGCUGAGCAAGGCGGCCAAGGGCAUGUGGGGUCUGGGCGGCCGCAUCACACGGGCGCGGCUGAGGCUGCUGCAGGGCGGGCAGGCGGACGUGCUGGGGAGGGGGUUCUCGGACGUGCGUGUGGAGUAUGACGUGGAGGGGGGUGAGCAGGUGGGCAGCGGGCAGUUCGGGGUCAUCCGUGUGGUGACGCACCGGGCGAGUGGGGAGCGGCUGGCAUGCAAGUCCAUCAGCAAGACGUGCCUCAAGUCGAAGGCGGAUGCAGCGGACAUAAGGAGGGAGGUGGCCAUUCUGGAGCAGCUCAAGGACCAUCCCAACGUUGCCCGCCUCGCUGCUGCCUUUGAAGACCCCAAGGAGGUGCAUCUGGUGAUGGAGCUGUGUGAGGGAGGGGAGCUGUUCGACCGCCUCAAGGCGAAGCGAGUGUACGAGGAGUGUGAGGCGGCAGCGGUGCUGCACACGCUGGUGGACGUGCUGAGUCACUGCCACGCCAUGGGGGUGGUGCACCGCGACGUCAAGCCUGAGAACAUCCUGCUCGUGUCCCAGCACAGCCACACCCAUGUUAAAGUCAUUGACUUUGGCAUCGCCGCCUUCUACAAGCCUUCGCGGCCGCUGACGGAGUUUGUGGGCUCGCACUACUACAUGGCGCCGGAGGUCAUCGAGGGCAGCUACGGCCCACCCGCCGACAUAUGGAGCGCAGGAGUGGUGCUGUACGUGCUGCUGUCAGGAGUGCCGCCCUUCUGGGCGCGCUCGGAGGACGGCAUCAUGCACGCCAUCCUGGACUGCCGCCUGCGCUUCAAGCCCGAGGUGUGGGGCAAGCGCUCCCAGCUCGUGCAGGACCUCAUCCGCCGCAUGCUCACACGGGACCCCGCCCUCCGCAUCACCCCCGCUGGCAUUCUUGCUCAUCCGUGGAUGGCAUCUGCAGCGCAAGCAGAUGAGACGCAGCCGCAGUGA